AUGGAGUGUCCCACGGGAUGGGGGCACAGUCAGCACGGGGUGCCCCGCAGGGUGGGACAGGGCCACCUAAGGGUGUCCCGUGGGGUGGCCAGGGCCAGCCGGAGUGCUCCACGGGGUGGGGCAGGGCCAUCACAGGGUGCUCCACGGGAUGGGCCAGGGCCAUCACAGGGUGCUCCACGGGAUGGGCCAGGGCCAUCACAGGGUGCUCCACGGGGUGGGGUAGGGCCAUCACAGGGUGCUCCACGGGGUGGGCCAGGGCCAUCACAGGGUGCUCCACGGGGUGGGCCAGGCCAUCACAGGUGCUCCACGGGGUGUAGGCCAUCACAGGGUGCUCACGGGUGGGCCAGGGCCAUCAAAGGGUGCUCCACGGAUGGGCCAGCCAUCACAGGUGCUCCACGGGGUGGGGUAGGGCCAUCACAGGGCAGUUCACUCUGGAUGGGCCAGGGCCAUCACAGGGUGCUCCACGGAUGGGCCAGGGCCAUCACAGGGUGCUCCACGGGGUGGGGUAGGGCCAUCACAGGGUGCUCCACGGGGUGGGCCAGGGCCAUCAAAGGGUGCUCCACGGGAUGGGCCAGGGCCAUCACAGGGUGCUCCACAGGAUGGGCCAGGGCCAUCACGGGGUGCCCCGCGGGGUGGGCCACGGCCAUCACGGGGUGCCCCGCGGGGUGGCCAGGGCCAGCCGGAGUGCUCCAUGGGGUGGGGCAGGGCCAUCACGGGGUCCUCCACGGGAUGGACCAGGGCCAUCACGGGGUGCUCCCCGCGGGUGGGGCCAGGGCCCACGGGGUGUCUCCGCGGUGGGCCAGGUCCAUCACUGGGGUGCUCCACGGAUGGGCCAGGGCCAUCACGGGGUGCUCCACGGGGCUAGGCCAUCACGGGUGCCUGCGGGUGGGCUUCAGGGCCAUCACGGGGUGCCCUGCGGGUGGGGGGCCAGAUAAGCGGGCCCCAUGCUGA